AUGCCAACGCUUAUCCAACGAAUUGUCGAUCCUGUAGUUGUUCCUGCUCCAGCUCAUUUCGACUUUCCGAUUCUAGAAGAAACAGAGUACAAGCGAAGCCAUCAAAAAGAGGGAUAUCUUUACAACUACUCCGGAUACGGCCUUGAUCUUACAGAGACGAAACCAGUCGGACGAAAGCGAGUGAGAAGCAAAGACACACUUCUUACUUUCAUGCAAAUCGCCCAGCAACUCAUGCUCAUCAAGUCUUCCGAAACUGGCGAAUUUCUAUCAAUCAGCCCUCGAGGAAAAGUGAAAUCUCUUCCCCUUCCCACUCAAGGAUCUCUUUGGAAAAUCACCAAGAAAGCUAGCCACUCGAACUUUCAUUCCCUCACCAACAAAGCUACCAACUGCGUUCUUUCCAUCAACCGUCGAGGAAAAGUCCGAUGCCGAAAAGAAAAGAGCAGUCAAAAGAAGAAAUCAACAAGCUUCCUGCCAAUUGCUACGAAACGCUUUGGAAGACGCUACUGA